AUGGCUGUAACCCUAGGCCAAGACCUUGGACUGGAUAUGAAGCUUGCCUCUUGUGAGACAAGGCGACAACGAAUGCUCAAGAGGUUAUGGUGGUGUUGUUUCAUGAGAGAUCAAUUCGUGGCCCUCAUGAUGUGGACUCCUCCACAGCUUGGCGCUCGUCAUCGUCAUCUGCCCAUGCUCGAGCUGUCAGAUUUUGAGCUUCAAGAUGGGUCUGCGGCUGCUACAAACGGGCGACACGAAUGGGACUUCCUUAGCAACAGGACGACCAGGAUUCAUUUGGCCAUCCUGUGUAUAGCGAAAGCGAAGCUUUGUGUGUGCAUCAACCAGAUCCUACAGGCACGAUAUAAAACCUUGCGGUAUGAGAACUGCGAUAACAUGACGACGAUACUCGUCCCCAUGCACUCUCAUUCCAGCCCUUUCGAGAUUCUUGAGCUGGACCGCCAACUACGAGAGUGGCAUUACGAUGUUUCUGGCAAUGGUGGGUUCGACUUGCGAGACCCAGCGAACUCGGCGACUACUGGUAAAUUGGAUGCCACACUCAUGCACCGGGCACAUCUGAAGUUACUGUUCCUCGCCGCCCUAAUAGCUCUUCAUCGCCCACAAGCUCUGAACACUACCUCCACCUUGUCGACGACCUAUCGGCAGUUGUCUAGGGAGAAACUCCACGAUGCGGCAGACGAGAUAGCACAUAUCGCGAUCUCCAUCAAAGACCUUCACAUGGGGACGCACCUAAAUCCCAACGGAUUAAACCUCUUACUCCCCAUCAUGCUCGCGCAUCUUCAAGAUGUCCAGCCGCUGAUCGAGCAUCGUCGCUGCAGCAGACAGGACAAGUACCACGAUAGCAUGCAAGCGCUGGACACCCUCGGGGACCUCGCUGAUCCCGAGGUUUUCCUGCCUUCCAAACUCGAAACUUCUUUUCUUAAGUUCAACAUUCUUCCGUCACGCGAGUACAAUAUCCCUGCUUCCAUUGGCUUCCAAAGGGUCAACUAUGACAGCCUUUGUAUCACCCCUUCCCGCAUUGUUUCAACUUUGUCACAGCUUGGUGCAGUUACUCACUCCGAACUGGAAAUGCUUGCAGGGAUGGGCGGGGACCGGAAGCACAUCCCCCGUACGACAAACUCCGACGAUGAUACACGAGUAUCCUUGACGUUGGCAUCUUCGGCAAACGCGCUAGCUUCGCAGUGUAUAAAUCGGACAUGCGGUUGGAGACACGGCUUUCAUACAGGUGAAAUCGUCACAGCGCCAGCAGUACAGUCUUUUAGCACCGUGGUCAAUCAGAGCGAAGACACAAGUAUCGAGAAACACUUCGACUGGAGGCUAAAACAUGAAGCUUCCCGUGCAGCGAAGCAUCGUCGAGAAUGCUUACUGGACCGUUGUGUCUCAGGUGUCGACUUGGAGGAUCUGCCCUUUGAUGGAUGA